CGAUGACGGCCAGGAUCAUGGCGGCUGUCACUAUGUUUUGCCGUCCUGCGGGUGUCCUUCCCAAGAUUUCAAGCACCUGUUCUCCAGUAUUGCUUGCAGCUGGACCCGUGGCAGUCCAGCACAGGAAGAUUCAUCAUGCCCUUUUGCCCCGAGGAAAAGGCGGCCGUUCCUCCUCUAGUGGAGUAGCGGCAACAGUGUUCGGAGCCACUGGCUAUCUUGGGAGAUAUGUUGUCAACCGACUUGGGCGUGUAGGCUCUCAGGUUGUCAUCCCCCACCGAUGUGAUCAGUAUGAUCUUAUGUACCUUAGACCUAUGGGAGACCUUGGUCAGAUCAUCUUUAUGGAAUGGGAUGCAAGAGAUAAGGAAUCGAUCAAAAGAGCAAUAUCGCACUCCAAUGUGGUGAUCAACCUCGUGGGAAGAGAAUGGGAGACCAGCAACUACAAGUUCGAAGAUGUCUUCGUCUCCAUCCCCCAGCAGAUCGCAAGGGCAGCCCGUGAAGCCGGAAUUCAAAAGUUUAUUCAUGUGUCCCACCUCAAUGCUGAUAUCCGAAGCCCCUCCAAGUAUCUGAGGAAUAAGGCUGUAGGUGAGGCAGCGGUGAGGGAGGAGUUUCCUGAUGCCAUCAUUAUGAAACCUUCUGAGUGUUUUGGAAGAGAGGACAGGUUCUUCAAUCAUUUUGCUAACAUGCGUUGGUUUGGUAAAGCUGUACCUCUGAUUUCAAUGGGCAAGAAGACCGUCAAACAGCCUGUUCAUGUGGUGGAUGUGGCCAAAGCCAUUGUCAAUGCCAUCAAAGAUCCCGAUGCAAAUGGGAAAACAUACGCAUUAGUUGGACCCAACAGAUACCUUCUGCAUGACCUGGUGGAAUACGUGUAUGCAAUGGCCCACAGGCCAUUUGUUGCUUACCCCAUUCCCCGUCCUCUCUAUCACUUGAUCGCACGCUUUUUUGAGAUGAACCCUUUCGAACCCUGGACAACCCGUGACAAAGUCGAUCGGUUCCACACAACAGACAUGAAGUACCUUGACCUUCCAGGUCUGGAGGAUUUGGGCAUCACACCUGCCUCCGUUGAGCAGAAAGCCAUCGAAACUUUACGUCGUCAUCGUCGUUUCCGUUUCCUGGAGGCUGAACUCGGAGACACCAAGCCUGCCAAAACAGUCAACUAUUAACCUGCUGUUUGGUCCUGCUUCUGGUCAGCUCUCCGCUGCUCCUCACGUGUCUAAUUUGACUUUUUUUUUGUAAAUAAUUAAACAUAUUAAACCUG